CCUUGCACCGGAAGAAGAAGAAAAUCAAGCGAGCUCGUGUUGUUUUCAUGAUUGCUUCCAUCCCAACCGUCUUAUUAGAUAUAUAGCUAGCUGAUAGCUAGCAGUUUUUCUGCUGUUGAAUUCUGCGAAAACAUGCCAGUGAGCGAAGCGCUUGUUCAAGCCAAGAUUCCCCAGGAUCUGGUGAAGGAUCUGGGUGUGGAGUCUCUGUCCAGGACUCAUGCCCAGGCCUUCGCCCAGGCCUUCCUGAAGAAUAGCAUUCGGCAGCACAGACACCAUGAGAUGAAGGACAUGUUGAAGCGCAAGGCGUUGAUCCUGGGCUACGCCAGGCCCAAGAAGGACAAGUCCAAGAGGAACAGCAAGAAAGCCAAGGGGCUGAAUGCUCGGCAGAAGAGGGAAAGGAAGAUCUUCCAGAUCAAGCCCGAGCACCAGAGAUACGAACUUUUCCUGCCUCUGCAUGAACUCUGGAGACAGUACGUCAUCGACCUGUGCGGUGGUUUGAAACCAACGAGCAAUCCACAGUUAGUGCAACAGAAGCUUCUGAAGGCAGACUUCCACGGUGCCAUCAUCACAGUGGUCCGAUCUAAGUGCCCAUCAUAUGUAGGAACUACAGGGAUUCUGGUCCAAGAGUUCAAACACAUCUUCAAAAUCAUCACCAAAGAAAACAAACUGAAAGUGAUCCCUAAGAGGAACAGCGUGUUUGCAGUGGAGGUCAACGGCUUCGUCUCCCACAUCUAUGGAAGCAAGUUUGAGCAGCGAGCCAGUGAACGCUCCGCCAAGAAGUUUAAAGUGAGAGGAACCAUCGACCUGUGAUGCAUCACUACAGGAAGCUGUUUUCCAUCACUACAGGAAGCUGUUUUCCAUCACUACAGGAAGCUGUGUGCCAUCACUACAGGAAGCUGUGUGCCUCAAUGAAAGAGACAUUAGACUCUCAGACUUCUACUGACCUUUAUAGGCAGUCGGAAGGAACUGCCACAACAAUGACCAACGUGUAGCUGGUGCAUUGUGGUUAUUUAUUGUCUAUGGAAGUGGUUCUUAAAGUGGGGUCAUGGGGGGGUUCCAGGAGGUCCCCAGCAAAUAGGCAAAAACAUAUUUUUGACUUUAUUUUUCAUACCACAUACUGUAAAACCACAUCUUAAAGAUCAUUUUACACCUUUUGGUUCAGUUUUCACCUUGCUGAAUAUUGACAACUUUCACAAAUGGGUAUGAAAUGUUGAUCAAAUACGUAUCUGACGCACUGUAAUACAGAUGUAGACUACUUAAUCUGACACGCCUUAUUUUUCAUGAGCUACUUGAUCCGAAUACUGAAGGUCCUGGUUCAAAAACGUUAAGUUAAUAACCUGAAUGUAUUGAUAUGAUGUGAAUGAAAGAGGAACUGGAGAAUGUGGCCCCUGAAACUGCAAAGAGAAGACGUGUCACUCUGUUGGAGUUGCGUGAACUACAGAAACACUCGGUCCACUCACCAUCGUACAGAGUGGAGCUUCUUCCUUUAAAACAGAUCUUUGGCUGAGUACAGACAGCGGCUGCAGACAACACAGAGUGGAUUUCUUGUUCCUGGUUGUAGUUGUUAACCUAAUCUUUGAUCAGAUGUAUGUGGAUUUAAACACAUGCUUUUUUUUUUUUUUUUUAGUAAAAAAAAAUCAACCCUAGCCCAGCUAUACGUAAUAAAAUGCCAGCCCUGUUGAGUAACUUAUAUUGGUGUGCACUGAUUAAACUGUUGAGUACAAAACAGCAGUAAACCAGUAAUAAGUCUUUUUCAGAAGUUUGCUCACAGUGGAGUGAAAAAACAAACCGGAGACUUUAUUGCAUCCCUUUUUUUUUUUUUCUUUCUCGGGAGUCCUUGAACUGAUUGAUUACAUUUCAAAUAUGUCAUAUUAUGAGCAAGAUGGAGAAAAUGUCCACUGUUUAACAGCAGUAUUCAGUUUGUUUAACUAAUUCAGUUUGAUUAUGUGAUGUUUAUUGUACAGUAGAGGACAGUGCACCCUUUUUAUAACCGAACAUGUCAAACAUGGUUGGCUGUACGCUUUACUGGAAUACAAAUACAACUCUU